CCCGAAUAUUUCCGCCAUGAGCAGCCAAUUCGAGCUCGCCCAGAACCCGACCGAACACAUUUCCGCGGUGAAGUUUGCGCCCGACUCAUCAACACGGCUACUCGUCUCCUCCUGGGACCGAAACGUCUAUUUGUAUGACACACAUGCAGAACCCGGCGGCAAGCUGCUUCAGAAGUUCCAGCAUCGCGCGCCGGUUCUCGACAUAUGCUUCGGCCGAGACGACAACGAAGCCUUUAGUUGCGGAGUGGACUGGGAUGUACGGAGACUCGACCUGAAUACCGGCGAGCAGACAGUGCUCUCCUCUCACCAGCAAGGCGUGCGCAAUGUCAUCUUCUCCUCCAAACACAACCUCCUUGUCUCAGGUUCUUGGGACUGCACCCUGCAUGUCCACGACCUCUCCUCCGACAACUGGGCCACCAUCCAACUUCCCUCUAAAUGCUUUUCCCUCUCUGUAUCCCCGUCGAAGCUCGUUGUAGCCAUGUCCACCCGUAUGCUCCACAUUUACCAACUCUCGGACCUGGCCCAGGCAGUGGCUCAGUCGAAUGCCCCAGCACCGAACAUAGUCCAGGUCAACCCCUGGCAGCAAAGGGAGAGCUCUAUGAAGUACAUGACGCGCGCCGUAGCCUGUAUGCCCAACGAUGCCGGCUACGCUAGCUCUUCGAUCGAAGGCCGUGUCGCCGUGGAAUGGUUCGACCCGAGCGAGGCAUCCCAAUCCCGCAAAUACGCCUUCAAAUGCCAUCGGCAGACGGUGGACGGGCAGGAUAUUGUAUACCCCGUGCAUGCGCUUGCAUUCCACCCUGUUCAUGGAACGUUUGCUUCGGGAGGUGGCGAUGGAGUAGUUGCGCUGUGGGAUGGUGUACAUAAGAGGAGGAUCAGGCAAUAUCAGAAAUUCCCGGCUUCUAUCGGGUGCAUGGACUUCAGUGGGGACGGUAAGUAUCUCGCCGUUGGCGUGAGCCCUGGCUUUGAGGAUGGAAUGGAUGACAUGCCUGAUGGAGUAGUCAAGGUCUUCAUCCGCGAGCUUGGUGAGACGGAAGCGAUGGGUAAGGGCGCCAGCAAGAAGUAAAUGGCUCGGAACAGGGUACGGCGUCAGGCGUCUAAAGACAUCCUGCACGGAUUUGAUCACUGAGACGCAUCCUUUGAUGGGAACUCAUUGCAGAGGCAAACCAAUUGAUUCCUUCUGCAAUUCACGCUUCAGCAACUUAUGCUGAACGGGAUCCGCUCGGUGGUAAACUAAGCUUUUGUC